UUUGUGUGAUGGUAUUGAACGAUAGAAUUGUCACGAAAUGUUGCUGGAGUAAUAGUGUGUUAUGGCUUCGAAAAUAGUACUAUUUUAUCGUCCAUUGAGUCCACCGUCAAGAGCUGUUUUGCUAACAGCCAAAGCAAUUGGGCUUAACUUAGAACUCAAAGACAUAAACGUACUUACGGGCGAACACCUGACGCCAGAAUUCAGAAAGUUGAAUCCCCAACAUACAAUCCCCACAAUCAACGAUAAUGGUAUCAUUGUCUACGAUAGCCAUGCAAUUUCCGCGUAUCUUGUGGAUAAAUAUAGUGACAAUGAUUCACUCUAUCCAAAAGACUUAGUUCGACGGGCUCAUGUUAAUUCACGAUUACACUUCAACUCCGGUUUUCUAUUUGCCAGGCUACGCUAUCUGUUUGAACCAAUUUUCUUUAUGAAUGAAGAUGUCAUUCCGGAAUGGAAAGUCGAAUACAUUCAAAAGUGUUGGAUUUUCAUGGAAGAGUUUCUGGAAAAGGGAGAUUAUGUUUGCGGCGAUGAAUUAACCAUUGCGGACUUUUGCUGUAUUGCUACGGUUUCGUCUAUCGAUAAAAUUGCUGUUAUUGAUCCGGAAAAAUUUCCCAGAUUAUUUGCAUGGACAAGGCGAAUGCAAGCGAUUCCAUUCUAUAGCAGUGAAAAUGCAAAGGGUGCGGCAGCCUUUCAAAAGUCUUUGUUGAGUACUGUGGCGAAACGGAAAGCUGAAUUGACUAAUAAAGUUAAGUGACGAUCAAG